GGGGAACAGAAACUUGGCUACCAACCAAUCUUAGCCAUGAAAUAAGUCUUGACCUGACGAGACAACGGUCCAUACGGAUCGCCCUCUGAGCCCACCUCGCUCUACAGCUUUUACACGCAUGCGCAGAACGUGCGCCGACGCGAAACCGAUGAUCUCCCCAGCAUGGCAACAACUCUAUUUACUGCAACGAGAGCGCCAGCGAAAGCUUCUUCAAAUCCUACCUCCGACCCGAAUCCUUCUCUAUCAACCACCAGCGCUGCACCUGUUGCAACAAAGACUGGACUGGCGAAUUGCGACGUCCAGGGCACACCAAGUCCCGCCCUCACCUCGAAUAUCUUAGACCGGGCAUACGCAGCGGGCCCCAUCUCCUGCCAACUUCUCGGAAUCUACAUCAGCAAGUGCGAAGAACUGUGUGUUCUACUCUACCUACAUCAAUGGGUCAAAGUGUCGUCGUGCAGCAGCGAGAUAUACUUCUCGGACAAGUAUCCAGACGAUGGGAGCAACUUCUGUUUUGGAAGUGCUGAGCUGUAA